AUGGCCGAAUACUGGGUGUCGAAGAAGCAGUACUGGUGCAAGUACUGCAACAUCUUCGUGCGCGACGAUGCUCCCCACCAGGGAAACAAAGAACGCUUCAUUCGUGACCUUUACAAGGGUGGAGAGCGAGAUAAGCGUGAGAAGGCAGCGCAUGCGGCCGAGAUCGCGCGGAUAGAGGCUGCGGCGAGCGCAGCGCACUCAUCCCGUGAUGGCGGAGUAUACACCGGCCGGCCAAUUCAGCAGGCGGCUCCCGCGCCGGUAAAGCGCGCAAAGCCGAGCGGCGACAAGUGGUCCAACUACUCCAGUGCGGCGGACCUAGGACUAGCGCCGGGCGAGGAGGGGCCGAGUUCGUACGAGAUCGAGCAGAUGGUUCGGGGGCGCACAACAAAGGUUGGAGAAUGGGAGGAAGUUGUCGUGCCCUCUCCCUCCGCCGAGGGGGGCGCCGACGGUGGCGAGAAGCGCAAGGCGGAGGAAGAUCCCGAGGAUCUGCGCGAGUUCAAGAUUCAGCAGAAGAAACACGCGGACCCGUACGACGACGAUGACUGGGAUCCCGCUGCUUUGACCGAGCUCAAGUUCAAGUCGAAGGAGAAGAAGAUUGGCGAGAAGGAGCCGGAAGUGAAGGAGGAGCAGAACGGGGAAGGAAGUAGGGCGGGACCGUCGGCGUGGGCCAAGGCUGAGGUCAAGACGGAGCCGCGGGAAGAUGUCAAGGUUGAGCACACUGAGGCGUCCGAGGUCAAGCAGGAACCCGACGUCAAGACGGAGGCUGGACAGCCGGAGCCGCCAGUCAAACCCGAGCCAGCUGAGCCGCCAGCUCCGGCGCCGUCCGCUGGUGGCAGUUUGUUCAAGAAGCGUCGCCCGCCACCGAGCAGCAGGAAAAAGUAG